GGGGGUAAUAAUUGUGCAGGAGUUCGGUGUUUGCUGGACCUGUCUGGCUCUGUGUAUCCGUCGGUCCUCUUGGUUGGGCGUCCAGGUUGGAGAGGGAGGGAUUUUAUUCGUGGAGAGACUAGAGUCGUUCCAUUUUCUCCUCGAAGAAGAAAUUGACAAAUCUGUUUCUGGUGUGCGUUCGUACAAGCUUGCGGUGGGAGCGAGCGAGUAGUCGGGAGCUGGUCACCGACCGAUUUGACUCAGGAGAAGGCGUUCUCCGUCUGAUAGAGCUUCGGUCGAAAUUGCGGAUUUUGUGGCUGUGUUUCGAAAGGCUGGACUUUGUGGUUUGAGAAGGGGAUCCGGGAGCGGAGACAUGCUGUUGAUGGCGGUCGUCGCAGCCAUGGUUCAGGAGUAUAUCAUAAUGAUGCGCAGAAUUCUAGGCCAAGUAGUGCGCGACGCACCGUUCCCCAGAAAUGUGAGGCUGAUUAUGUUGCGAAGACUCGAUGACUACUCCGUGUUCGCCUACAUGUGAUUUCGAUCGAGGUAUUAUAGAACAGCUCUAGCUCUCAGCGACACCAAUGUCAGACCAGAAAAUGUCGGAUCAACAACCGCAGCGCACGCAGAAUUCGGAACAGGAGCAGGGGCAAUCUCAGUCUGAGAACACCUCGACCACGCCGACACAAGAGACGCACGAAGAACCCAGGAGGCCUCCCAGUGCACAAGAUGAGGCAGCAGAUGCCGCGAGGCAGGCGCUCGAGGCGCAGCAGGACGCACAGGACGCGGUGAAGCGGGCGUACGCGAAGCAGCUCGUCGCUCAGGAGAAAGCGCAGCAGGUGACCCAGCAGCUCGUGGCGCAGAACGAGACGGCCAACCAGGUGGCCGUCAUGGCUGCCAAGCAGGCUGCUGAGGAAGCUGCCCAAGCGCAGAAAGGCUUGUCGGAGCAGCAAUUCGAUCAGCAUUCGAUCGCCCGGGAAGCCGCCAAAAAUGCGCUGGCUGCCUUCUGCCCCGCCCAGCAGCAGCAGCAGCAACCUCCACUGCUUUAUCAUCACGACGAAUCGCGCACACGAUUCCCUCCGAGCAGCUCGCCAGCUGCCAGUGCGCCACAAGGCAUCGGUCCGGUGCCUGUAGACAUCCGCUUGCAAGCCGUGACUGCCCAAGAAAUGGUGCUACAGGCUGCAAACAAUGCUGCGGCGGAAGCGCAGGCUCAGAUGGCCGGAGCCCAUCAACUUGCCGCCGUAGCCCAGAAUCCCGCCGCGCAGCAGGAAGCAGCUGAGCAGGCUGCCAUCGCGCAGCAGAAGAUGCAAGUCGCCCAGCAAAUGGCCCUGUCUUCACAGUCGCCAGAAUCAGCUCUGCAAGCCGCCGCUGCCUUGUCGUCAAGUAAUCAUCCUCCUAAUCCGUCGAUGCAUCUCGGAUGAAGUCGGACCGCGUCCGAACGCGCUCGCUAGCAGGGAAGACAUCUACGGAAGAUGCUACACUGCCAACAUUUACGAAUGAUGAUGAUUAUGUAGAUAGAGCCGCAAGUGUGCCGUAGGAAUAGUAGUGGGCGACAAAGAGCCACACCAGCUCUCGAACCGCGAGAUUCUUCGAUGAUUGAUGAGCACCAACUGUGAGCACCAACUUUCGUUGGGGUGUGCCUGUUUCGGUUGAGACCGGGAUCGAUUGAAAUGCUGGCAGGCCGGCAAUGCCAUCGAAUGAUUAUGAGUGAGUUCGAUUACUUGCAGGAUGCAGUGCAGUCGCAGCCUGGCCGGAAGCUGUCACUUUCAGAUUGCGUCACAUCAAAUCUGCUGCACGUGGAGGCGAAUAUGUGCAGAAAGUUGUAUACAAUUGAUUUCAAAUUGAUCUGGAGGUGGUAAACAAUGGUAUCGGGGAAGUAGGCCGAACGCGGCUAGCUGUGAGUGGCUGCCGGUGUAGGUAUGGGACCCGAGGGUCGAGAAACUCGGGAGGCUCGAUUGUGCGGAAAGUUGUAUACAAUUGAUUUCAAAUUGAUCAGGAGAUGGUAAACAAUGGUAUCAGGAAAGCUGGCCGAACGAGGGUAGCAGUGAGUGGCUGCCGAUGCAGAUAUGGGACCUGAGGGUCGAAAAGCAGGAGUUCAGAAGCGAAUGUCUCGAUCGUCGAGUGCAGGUUGUGACUAAAACAUGGGAAUCUCUCGAGUCCAGGGAAGGUGUAUGAUAAUAUGAAGCGCAGAUGGAUGGAGAAUGUGCAACCGAAUCAGAGCUCGGAGGCGGAAACGACAGAGAGGCUAUUGUUACCGAGGGAACUGUGCAAAAUUUACAGUAGUGAACGCGGUGGAGGGAUGAAGAGUAAACACUGAUUAGAUUAUAGUAAACUCCCUCUGGACAGAUCCGAAUCUGCAAGGCACCCGUGACGAUCGGAGGUGUGAAAAUGAGCUCGAAUUUAGCCGGUCCUUCAAGAGAGGCUGUCGCAAAAUUUGAAAUGGGAAUUACAACUGCAUAUUGCCGCAGUCAACUAGAAGCUGGUUAACAAAUGGGGAUUCAAGCUACGAACGAGAGCAUAGAGCGUAAUCUUGAGGAUCAGGAUUAGCGAACGACGUGUAAAACAUCAUGAAAGGUAUUGUACAGGUGUACAACAAGAUGGAAAUUAGUAAUUACAGGAGCCGGAGAAGGCCACUUCCUCGAGAGGAAAGGUGAAAAGUUCAUUAAGAUAGAGGAAGAAAAGACGAUAGAAUAUCAGUCGCCAAAACCGGGUACAUCAUACCAGCCAGGACGAAAUAGAUGAGGAAUGGAGAUAAGAGAUGAAACAGUUAAGAGACGAUGAAGAAAAAAUUAUCUCCAUCAGAACCAGCAAAAUCAGAAUCAGCAUCCCUAUCGCGUUCAUGUACAAUAACCAGCGUACAAAUUAUUAGCGUAAUUUGCAGAAUCUAUAGCCAUACGUGUGAACUCAGGAGCAAACACAUGUACUGAUCAUUUUCUGCGCCAUUUUUCUGAUCACAAUUCUUUCCUAAUUCCAAGUUCGUAUAAUAUUUGCCUAUGUUCAUACC